AGUUCUUCGCGGGAAUCCGUCGCGAAAGGAUGUGAUUGAGUGCGAAGGACAGGAACACUCGAGAGAUAAUAUUUUGGUGAUAUAUCUGUUCGUUCGUUUGGAAUCUGUCUCGGAUUAACAAAGGACAUUUGAUGGAUGAAAUGGUGAUCGGUCGUGAAAAGUGCAGUGACCUUCGGCUAUGUGUUAUGUGAUUAUAAUACAUUUCCCACUGCUUCUAUGAGGACACUCAUUGCAUAAUUUAAUUACGUGUAUUUUCUGAAUGCGUUUUGGUUUUUUCAGCAUCAGUGACACUAUAUAUUUUGUUAUUUGUGCGAGAAUUCAAUGGCGUCGGGGAUCAUCCAUCCCUUUUCAUAGAAUGUACGGGUGAAACGAAGUCUCUAUAGACCAGUUCCUAAAAAAAAGUGAAGUGUCUUCAAAGUAUGGUGGCACGGAAUUUUACACUGCAAGAUUUUUCUUACAACCAUUUGCUACAAGUACCGGAAGAAGAGCGAGAUUUUUUGUCCCUCAAUGAGCUGAAGCAACAUCAGUUAACCGAACUUGGAGUGUCAAUAUCGUCCACGCCGACACAGCCGUCGUUAGUUUCGGUAGUUUCCGCUGACAUUACCAAUCCUGUCAUCAGUACUGGUGGUUUGCUUCAAAAUUAUCACCAUCAUAACGUGUUCUACGGAGUCAAUGCAUUGGCGUCGCAAGCAAAUGCCAAUACCGCAGAAAAUGAUGGUUUGACAGUGGUGACGGCGUCGACGAUUGCAGCUUCCAACGCUGCUCUGCCGGAUCCAGCGCAGAGAAGCAUGUCGACGGUGUCAAGCAUAAACAGCCAUCAGCAGGAUUCCCAAGAAGAUGGAAAUCAACAUUCGGGGCUGGAUCACGGACACCACCACCAAGUGAGCAGUUCCGUUAACGGGGGUGAGAACGGUGUAAGAAAGCGCAAAUUAUCGUACACUACAAACACUGCGGAUAAUGAGGGUUUGACGGCGUCAACGGUUACCACAUCUAACGUUGUUCUGCUGGAUCCAGCGCAGGGAAGGAUGUCGGCGGUGUCUAGCGUUUACAGCCAUCAGCAGGAUUCUCAAGACGGUGGAAGCCAUCAUUUGGGGCUGGAACAUGGACACCAUCAUCAUGUGAGCAGUUCCGUUAAUAGCACCGGAAGUGGUAUUAGAAAGCGUAAAUAUUCGUACAAUGACAACAGUGAUGCUGAAGAAGACACAGCCGAUGAUGCCAAAUCUAAUCGGACUACGGAUGACAGUAAGAAGCAAAAUCACAGCGAAAUCGAGAAACGUCGGCGUGAUAAGAUGAACUCCUACAUUACGGAACUGUCGGCUAUGAUUCCGAUGUGCCAUGCAAUGUCCCGCAAGCUGGACAAACUGACGGUUCUACGGAUGGCCGUGCAGCACCUGAAAACGAUUCGGGGAGCGGUUCAUUCGUACACCGAAGGUCACUACAAGCCGGCGUUCCUCUCGGAUCAAGAGUUGAAGAUGCUGAUCCUCCAGGCCGCUGAAGGAUUUCUCUUUGUAGUGGGCUGCGAUCGCGGUCGGAUUUUGUAUGUGUCCGAGUCGGUUUCGCAGGUGUUGAACUAUUCCCAGGGAGAUCUGUUGGGUCAGAGUUGGUUCGAUAUUCUCCAUCCUAAAGAUGUGGCGAAGGUGAAAGAACAGUUGUCCUCAUCAGAUCUUAGUCCGAGGGAGAGAUUGAUAGAUGCUAAAACUAUGCUUCCCGUCAAGACUGAUGUUCCUCAGGGAGCUACGAAGCUUUGUCCCGGGGCAAGACGGUCAUUUUUCUGCAGGAUGAAGUGUAAAACUAACAUUCAGGUCAAAGAAGAAUCUGAAACGAACACCUCGUCGGCCAGUUGCCAUCGGAGGAAGAAUAAAAUGAAUACGGACAAAAAGUAUUCCGUCAUACAAUGCACUGGUUAUCUGAAAUCAUGGGCUCCCGCAAAAAUCGGUUUGGAUGAGCAUGGCACCGAUGGGGAGAAUGAUUCCUGUAACCUAUCGUGCCUUGUUGCGGUGGGUCGAGUACAACCUAAUCUAUUCCAGAACCAUAGCUAUAGUAAUGUUAAUUUCAAAAAUCAACCUUCCACGGACAACAAUGGCGGUGGCUCUAGUGCAACAGGAUCGGCUGCAACGAAUAACUACAAACGGUUCAACAGACACAACAUCCAGAACCUACGAAAUGUACAAUUUAUAUCCCGCCAUGCGAUGGACGGAAAGUUCCUAUUUGUUGACCAGCGUGCCACGUGGGUUCUGGGGUUUCUCCCGCAGGAACUGCUGGGCACCAGCAUGUACGAAUAUUACCAUCACGAGGAUAUCCCGGCGUUGGCGGAAUCCCACAAGGCGGCAUUGCAGGGAACCCAAUGCGUGACCACGUCUGUCUAUAAGUUAAGGACGAAAGAGAACGGUUUCGUGCGUGUGCAGAGCGAGUGGAAAUCAUUCCGGAAUCCAUGGACCAAAGAGAUUGAGUAUUUGAUUGCAAAAAAUAAUGUGAUUUUGUCGGAUUUGGCCGACGGCCCAGGAGGGAACUGUAUCGGUGGGGGCGCAACCAUGCAACGUAAGGGCAACGGUGGCAACAAUGAACUUAUCGACGGAAACAACGAAACCAACGGACAAAGUACGGUUGAAUGCGACAUUUUUGAUCAUUCUAAUGGAACAGAAAUACAACGGAUAAUAAACUCGCACGUUGAAGCCAGUAAAAUUGGUCGCCAAAUUGCGGAGAUAGUUUUGGACACACAACGAAGAAUCGGCGAGUCAUCUACCGAAAGCAGCCCCAACCCAGCGGACGUCGUGUUGCCGCAAAAAUUCAACCCAUCCGGGCAAGAUGCAAACAGUCUGUCAAGCGAAGUCGCAGCGGCAGUGGAGUGCACCCUGGUCUCAGAAUCGGUUGUCUCGUCAGUCUCCUCGGGGGAAGCCGCAACCACGCAACGAAAUAACGGUUCGCUACCGGAGUAUGGCCACGUUCGCAAAACCAGUCCAGAGCAUGAAUCGCCGCAUGCCCAAGGCAAUGAUGGCAACGAUGAGGCUGCUAUGGCUGUGAUAAUGAGCCUCCUCGAGGCCGAUGCUGGACUGGGAGGACCCGUCGACUUCUCGGGGCUGCCUUGGCCUCUGCCGUAACAAAGUGGCGAGCAACAUUCGUCAUUCCAACCCAAUUGAAGCCGAAACCAAAAAAAUAAAGUUACCAUAUUCUAGAGAAUAAAUAAAUUAGUUCGAGCGGAAGUCAAUUUUAUUAGUGUUUAUUGUGUAACAUUGUAGAAUAAAGUCAAUUUUAUUUUACUACAGA